UAUAAACGCACAACUCCGUACCGUAAACAACACCAUUACUCCAUCUUCUCCACACCAUGACCACAUUCUCCCGCUUUUCCAUACCACUUUCUUCUCAAUCUCAACCAACUAAUACUAUCACAACAAUAUAAACCAAAAACCCAUCACGAAUUUAAUUCCCAAUUCAAAUGGAUAGGUUAGCCGCAGUCUUCCGCUACGGUGCUGAUUCCUCCGUCUGGGAGAGCGGUAGCGACCAUUCGCCGGAAAAACCCACCGCCGACCUUUUCGACCUCGUUAAGUCGUUCAUUGAAAAGGGUGAUUUCGAAUUUAAGGAAGGAGAGACGGAAGAUAGCUGUACUGAAGAAUCAGACGGUUUUUCCUUUGAUUCGGAUGCAGGGGUUGUCAAGUUGCGGAAUCUGUUUGGUUCCUUAGAAAACAAGAACGAGGAAAUCAGAAUUGAAACAGAACAAGCUCUGAAGCUCGUUGGUGGAAGAUCGGUACCGGGGAUUAAUCGUCAAUUGAUGGCACAUUUGCGAAGAAAAGGCUUUGAUGCCGGUCUUUGCAAAUCGAAGAUGGAGAAACUCCGGGCAUUUCCGGCAGGUGAUCAUGAGUAUAUCGACGUCAAUUUUGGUGGAAAUCGAUACAUCGUAGAAAUCUUUUUAGCUAGAGAAUUUGAAAUUGCCCGACCAACAAGUAAAUACGUAUCAUUACUCAACACAUUUCCGGAGAUUUUCGUCGGAACUUUGGAUGAAUUGAAGCAGGUGGUGAAGCUAAUGUGCUCUGCCAUGAAAGAGUCCAUGAAAAAGAGGAAUAUGCAUAUACCUCCGUGGAGAAGAAAUGGGUACAUGCAAGCAAAAUGGUUUGGUUCUUACAAACGAACUACGAACCACAAAGUGUCAGGAUCGGCUGAAGCAGAAACUUCACCGUCGGAAAUGAGUUUACCCUGUUUUAAAUCCUACUAUUGUAGGGGAGAUUUCGGCCGAAAUGCAGGUAUCAGAGUUGGGAAUUUAACUGCUGUUUUUGGUGGCAAUGAGUUACUUCUGUAGGAUUAAUAGGUCAAUAAAGUGUAUAUAAAAUUAGUUCAUAUUGAUAAUUUGUAUAGUUAGGGUUUGAUUCUUAGUGUUCUUCUGCAUCUUUUGGUCCAAAGUUGCACCCAAAUUCAGAGCAAUCUAUACAGAUUUUUAAUUGGGGGGUUUUAGCUUUGAUUCUAGCAACAAAUUCCAAGGACAUACCCAAUAAUAGAUCUAUAUUGUUUUUUAACAAGUGUUCUGGUUUAAUAUAUCAAAGAAUUGCAAACUCGAUUUCGAUCCCAGUUUCGAGCUCGUCAGCCUUCAAGACCUAGAAACCAGAGAAAAUAGAAAAAUUGUAGUCACCGAUAGACGCAAGCUAUUGGGAAAUCAAAGCAGCUUGCCUGGAAGGUGACAGAAAAACUUAAUGUGAGAGAAGGUUCUCAUGAAAAAAGGCUAAAAACUAUGCCAUUUCACUCAUCUCUCCUUCUCAUAAUCAAACAAAACAAGAGAUUCUUAUAAAGAAAAUGUAAGAAGUUCGGUAAGCAGAUUCGUCGAUGAAGAUCAGAUUAGAUCUGAAACAACAACCGGCCAGUAAACUUCCAUGGAUUGAUUUAGCUGCAGCCUCAACGGCAGGUCAAGAACAGGGCCAUCGCCCUGCUCUUGGUACAAUACAGCCUCGAGAAAAACAGAUCGUAAGAAACAAAAUUCAAAGACGAAAGAAAAAAGUUUCAGAGCGACGAAACUGUUGAAGACUGACUGAACGGAAUCGAUAAGCUGGCGAAGGUGUUGAAGAAGCUGCGGUGAGAGGACAGAGGAACGAUGAGGUUGUUAAACCCUAGCGAGGC